ACAGCGCGUGGGGCUUGACAGAAGCCUCGGAGCGGGACUCUGGACAACACAGCUGACAGCUGGGCAAACCGAGCUAGGUCGGUUAUCUGAUCACUUUCGAUUUAGAGUACAGGCGUCGAUCGCCCUGUAUCCAUCGCUCCGCUGUGAGAGAGGGGCCAAAUCCUUUAUGAAUCCAACUAAAAAGCCUCCGCUGUGACCAUGCUGAACCCACCCGGAGCGACACUUUGCCUUUGUGUGUUGUUGAUUGUGUUGGAGACUGGUCAGUGGGGAACUUGUUCACCGGCUGGCGCUGAAAGCUCUGAUGAAGACGCUUUCACCAUUAAGCACUUGGACACAGGGAAGUGCCUGGCCACGGGGUCCUCCUCAGACUUGACUCUCGCCGAAUGCGAUGCGAAGAGCCAGCUCCACCUGUGGAAAUGGGGCUCCAGCCACCGGCUCUUCCACGUGGCCUCGUCCCUGUGCUUGGCGUUGGACGUGCGCUCCAAGACGGUGUCCCUGAUGGACUGCGCCUCCAGCAGCCCCCUGGGGUGGCGUUGCCUGGACACGGCCGUUUACACCGUUUAUCAGAUGGCCCUGACGGCGAGCCAAGGCAGAGUUACGGUCAAACGGGACGGUAAUGAUACUUGGGUGAGAGGAGGAUCUGGACAAAACAUCUGCGAGAAGUCGUAUCGCGUCGUCCACACCAUAGAUGGGAACUCUGCUGGCGCCCCGUGUGAUUUCCCCUUCAAAUACAACGGCAGCUGGCAUCACGGGUGUCUCACCGACACAGAUCUCCCCCAACGGUCCUGGUGUUCCACCACCUCAGACUAUGACCAAGACAAAAAGAACGGAUACUGUCUAACGCCUGAGGAGGGUUGCCAAAAUCUGUUUGUGGGACCGGAGGAGAAAUCCUGUUAUGAGUUUGUCUCCACCGCUGCGGUGACCUGGCACGAAGCUUUGCAUUCAUGCCGCAGCCAGGGAGCUGAUCUGCUCAGCUUGUCCGGGCUCGAAGAACUCAACUCCAGAACCUUCCUGAACGGCCUUCAAGCUAUGCCUGAGAGGAUGUGGAUCGGCCUUCACCAGUUAGACACUUCUCAAGGCUGGCAGUGGUCCGACGGCUCUGCUCUCUCCAUGUUGCGCUGGGAACAAGGAAUGCCAUCCGCUUCCACCAUCAUUGAGUCCGACUGCGGGGUCCUGAACCACCAAAAGAACUACGAAACGGAGUCGUGCAACAAGCGGCUGCCCUACAUCUGCAAGAAGAGCGUCAACGCCUCUGACACGGCACCCCCAGAGCCUUUCGCAUAUAAACAAACGCUGUGUGACGACGGCUGGGUCCCAUGGAAUGGAUGGUGUUACAAGUUAGUGAAGGACACGCCACAAAACUUUACAAACGCCCAGCAGCACUGUGACCGUACCGAGGGAGGAACCUUAGCUAGUUUUCACUCCUUCGACAGCAAGGAGAUGAUCAACACUAAUUUCCAUUCAGAUGGCAAGUUUUUGGACGUGUGGAUCGGUCUGACCGGUGUCGGCAGGAACUCGACUGUCUUCACGUGGGCCAACAAGGCACCCGUUAACUUUUCAUACUGGGACCAAGACCAACCAGUUCAGCCCUCUCAGGAUUCCAGCUGCGUCUUCUACACUGGAAAGUCCCAUGGAUGGCGAGUUGGGGACUGCACACAGAGGCUGCCUUUCAUGUGUCAGAAGAAAGGAGAGGUCAAUGAAUCAGCAACACAGCCUGGAUGUUCCUUUGAGGAUGGUUGGAGACGACAUGGCAACUCGUGCUAUCAAGUGAACACCAAACAAGUGUCUUUCAAAGACCACUGUAACAUCACUAUAAGAAACGGAUUUGAGCAGGCCUUUAUCAGCCGUCUACUCAGAGAGCAGAUAGGCAAGGGCACUCAGUAUUUCUGGAUAGCGUUGCAGGAUAUCAAGAACACAGGAGAGUACCAGUGGCUGAGCCAGGAUGCGGUUACCUACGCCAACUGGGGCUGGUUUCAGCCAGAUCGGGACGGGGGUUGUGUUGUGAUGUCUGUUGCGAAACCCCUGGGCAACUGGGUGGUGAGGAACUGCACCAAUUUUAAAGCCGGCACCAUUUGCAGAACCGACCUCAGUCCACCUCCGCCGCCGGAACCGGAGCCGGACUCCAAUGCGAGCUGCCCCUCUGGAUGGCUGUCCAAACCAGGCAACAGAUACUGCUACAAGGUGUUUCAUGAGGAAAGGCUGAGCAGAAAACGCUCCUGGGAGGAAGCCGAGAGGUUCUGUAAGGCUUUGGGAGCCAACCUUCCCAGCUUAACAACUGUGGAAGAGACGGAAACCCUCCACCAGAUCAUCAGAGAAACUAUCAGCGAUGACCGGUACUUCUGGGUCGGCCUGAACAGGAGGAACCCAGCUGAUCCCUCCUGGCAGUGGAGCGACGGCCGUCCAGUAUCUAUGGACGCUUUGUACGAAGACUUCCACAAGGACGACAUUUACAAUCGGGACUGCACUGCUUUCAAGACAAUGAAGAGCACCAUGAAGCACAUUUUGUUCCUGCUCCACGACAUACAUCUCAAACGUUUCUACGCCACGCCGUUUCACUGCGACGCUAGGCUAGAGUGGGUCUGCCAAAUACCCCGCGGAAAGACACCAAAAACCCCAGAGUGGUACAACCCUGGCGGGCACCACGAGACGUCCAUCUUUGUAGACGGAGAAGAGUUUUGGUUUGUUAAGGAACCGAAAUUGUCUUUUGAGGAGGCAAUUCUCUAUUGCAAAGCAAACGGCAGCAAACUGGCUGUUCCAAACAGCUCCAUGGCCGCCAGCCAAAUCCAGCAGCAGCUAAAAAAGUUGUCAGUUGUCAGCAAUGAAGGCUGGUGGGUCAACAUGAGGGAUCCUUGGCGGAUAUUCCCCAUGACGUACUCCCGGAUGUACUUACACAACUUACAUUUCCGGGGUAGAUGUACCAUCAUCACUUCAGAACACCCCUUUCCACUGCAUAAUCACAUUUGCCAGCACCAGAUGUCGUUUGUGUGUGAAAGACAAAACGUCACGUCGGUGGAGAUAAACCCUCUGGACCCUCAUCCUGAAGGACUGCCGUGUGAAAAGACCUCGAAGGCCUUCCGAAAUAAGUGUUACAUAUUGAUGACAAGCCAGAAGCCUUUGACAUACAACUAUGCAGAUGAGGAGUGCAGGUCGGCGAGGGGAACCCUGGUCACUAUACAUGAUCAGGUGGAGCAAGACUUCAUCAACACCCUCCUGCCAUCAUUUCUAAACAUGAAUACCACAUGGAUUGGUCUGAAAAUCGAGCAUAACGAACCGUCUUGGGCUGACGGCACAUCGGUCGACUACAGAAAUUUUAACCCUUUGCUUCUGGGCAAGCGUAAGAUGAUAAAAGUCUAUGCAUGGGAUCAAGGGAGUUUCUGUGUGUACACGCUCAGAAAUCCAGACACUAACAUGCUGGGUACCUGGGACUACACUGCCUGUACAGACCCACAACAUUUGGCCAUUUGCCAACACUAUGCAGAUAAACCUGCAGAGCCCUACAUCGAGGCAGAGCCCUUCACCGUCAACAACCACACCUUCCUGCUGCUCGCCCAAAACCUCACCUGGUUUGAGGCUCUGGAGCAGUGCAGGAAUAAAAACAUGGACCUGGCAAGCGUGCCUGAGACCUUAGUGCAGUCCACUCUCACCGUCUAUGUCAGCAAGGCACAGAUACCCAUGUGGAUCGGCCUCUUCAGCGAAGACGACGGGGUCCACUACCGCUGGACUGACCACAGUCACACCGUGUUCAGCCGCUGGUCUCCUGAUGUCACCGGCGGCUCGUGUGUUUACCUGGACACAGACGGCUUCUGGAAAACCACCGAGUGUGAGGCGGAGCUGAGGGGCGCCAUCUGCCACAAACCACACAAGGAGACCAUCAUCACACCCGAUGAAGUUGCCGUGAAGUGCCCCCAUAAAAUUAACGGCCCAAACUGGAUCCCCUGGAAGAACAACUGCUACUCCUUCCAGCUGGUCUCCUCCAGAUGGGACUCGUUUGACAGCAACAAUAUUCAGGACACCUGCAAAGAUUUACAUGCGGACGCAGCCGUCCUAACUAUUCGAGAUCAGGAGGAGAACGAGUUUAUCAGGGGCCAACUUGUACCGUUUCAAUCCUUGGUGCAGUAUGUGUGGCUGGGACUGUUCAGAGAUGACACUGAUAAUCUGACAAGGUGGUACGAUGGCACGAUUGUUCAAUAUUCCCAAUGGGCACUAGGCCGGCCGGAUUUAGACAAACCGUUCAUGGCUGGUCUCGGCAUUGAGGGCACCUGGAUUCUCAUCGAAAACAAAGAGAUGUUCUCCGAGUUCAAACAACAGGCAAUCGUGACCUGCAAGCUGGAUUAUGACCCUAAAGAUCGGUACAACCAGUCAUCCAAGGAUUUUCAACACUACGGCAGCUUGACUUACGUGGUACUGACCAAAAGUGUGACGUGGUACCAGGCUCUGGAAGAGUGUGGUCAGCGCAGAGGCCACUUGGCGAGCAUUCAUGACACCCAGCACAACGCACACUUGAGGCUCAUUGCCAGGACGGAUGGCUUCCCACUCUGGAUUGGACUGUCGAACCAGGAUGUCAGCGGCUCAGUCUACGAAUGGUCCGAUGGAACAGCGUUUGACUACAAGCCCACCAUCACCGAGUCACAGAAGGACUCCGGUGGAAGCACGCUGAAGGCCAGCUGUGUUUAUAUAACCCCUAGUGGAGACUGGAAGAAGAUCAACUGCAACACUUUAAUAGACGGCGCCAUCUGCUACACCACCUCCAUCACCACACCUUCCCAGAGAGCCAGACUUCAAACCUCCUCAGAAGCCAAUAAGUGUCCUCGGCGUAAUGGUUUGUCUAAGUGGGUCCAGCACAAGGAUCACUGUUACGCCUUUGACAUGAGUCUCUACAACUACAGCGUCUACAGCAUGGACCAGGCCAAGACGAUCUGUCAGAAGAUGGAUGCUCAACUUCUGACCAUCAAAACCCAAGAGGAGAACGACUUCCUGGCCCAGUACAUCUUGAACGACUCUCUCAUCACCAGUCGUGUGUGGCUCGGCAUGGACCUGGAUACUCAGGGUAAUCCUUCAUCCUGGCAGGAUGGCUCACCCGUGGAUUACGCUAACUGGAAGUCUGGGGCCAGUACCGUGAAAGUGUCUGAACCCAAAUGUGCCGUGAUGACAACAGGAGACAGUGGAACCUGGGAUCGGGUCAGCUGCAAGGCUAGCCACAGUCGCGUCGUCUGCAAAACUGCAGCAGCCGGCUCUCCCGUGGCACUGGGCCUCUUCAUCGUGGUCCUCCUCUCCAUCCUCUCCAUUGUCGGCUUCAUCAUCUAUAAGAAGAGAAGGUCCAACUUCUCCUCCACCGUCCGCUACAAGAGGACGUACGACGAGUCCGACGCCACCAGUAUAAUAGACGCCGACUGAGUCCGCUUACUUCGUCCGCCUCAGGGAGUGUUCGUGCGCCCGUCCACUCUGUCUGCAUUUGGCUCCCUUUCAGACAGAGUGAACGCGGCAGUCCUGCUGUCCCCUCCCCCUCGUUUUUUUUUUAAUUAUUUAUUUAUCCUGCUCAAGCCUGAAAACUUUCGAAAAUGAUGAUGUAAAACUGUAAAUAUUGUUUUGACAAUUGUGAAUAUCUGCCAAUUCAUUUUCUUAAUUGGGGUCAGAUUGUGUUAAUUAAGACUACUGUGUUGUGUUAAUGUAAAUGCUUGGGCCGGGUUCAGUCUGGUAAAACCGAUCAUUUACAACGAUGGGAUUAUUUUCUUUCUGUUCAUUCGCCAAAUUAUGCAACGUAACACUUCCUGUCUCAGCCUCCCUUUCAGGUGAAAUUGCACUGACGCUUGAGUGACUUCAAACUUUCAGAAACUGCUGUUGUGUUUUUCUUUUACGCUGUACAAAUAAUGAACUUUGAGUUCUUUUUGCGUAAGUUGAACAAAAACUAUUUCAUUAAUAGACUUUUAAAAAGAAACAGAUCAACUUUUUGUUUUUUUGUUUCCUUUCGAGUGUUAUAUUUGCCGAUGAGUGCUCCUCCCUUAAAUACUCAUUACACUCCAUAAACAAACUCAUACAAGUAACAACUCUGCCAUUGAGCUCCGAGCUCUGACAAAUCUCAGCAAACUACUUUUUAAACUGUCUGAACUGAGAGGUAACGCUGGUCUAAUAAAUAUUGUUGUCUGAUUUUAGUGGUACUGCGCCUUUAAAUCAGCAGAGAAUAUAAAAUCUCACUGACUGUGCCUUAGAACAUUAUUUGUGAUAAAACUUUUCUUGUAAAAAUAUUUAGAGAUUACACUGAUUUGUUAAUGCCUUUAACUAUAGUUAAAAAUCAAACUGUCUCAGUCUCAAAAACAAACCGCGUGUAAAUGACUGUGGAUCUGACUUUACUAUGCACGUAACUACUGAGCAAGAAUGCACUUUAAUGCGCUGUGGAGAUGUAGUUCCUCUAUCAUAAAGCACAACGAGGAUGUGGAGUUGGUUUUUUUGUUGUUGUUUUUUUACAGGUGUUCAGAUUGCACUGGUGUUAUGCUGCAUACGCUUUGUAAAUACGUUUGUCUUAUAACUUGAGAAUGAACCAAAGAUGCUCAAGAGCUUUUUGAAUGUUAAAAUCUUUCCCCUCAGUUUAAGGAGCUGCCUCGAAUGUGUCUUAACCCAAGUCACGACGUUUUAAGUGUCACUAAUCUGUCAUAUCAAGUUGCAAACCAAAUGUUUUUUGUUUGUUUUUUUUAAAACUUUCCUAUCACUCCUGCACAGAUUUACCAGCUCAAUCAGGUACAGUUUUCUUCCAAUAAAAUGUCCUGUCUAAGAAAAGA